CCUUCUUCGCCUUUUUGAGCAGUAGCCAACGCUCGACCAUGUCCGCACUGCUCACACUCUCAAGAUAUAUUCGCACUCGACCAUAACCGCCUUCACCCCCUCAAGUGCAUCCUCAGCAAGUUGAUUUCACUCGCCCUGUAUCUCUGGUCUCUAAAAUGGCCCUCCAUAAUCGAGAAACCGCACAAGACAAAAAAGGAAUACAAGGCAGGCACAGACCAAGAUGGCAAGGAGAUCCCUCCAUCAUCAGUAUACUACUGCUCUUUCACAUCUUCGCGAGCACUACCAAAACUUUGUGCAAGAGAAUCUCAUGGUCCUGGUCUAUCAACACUCUUUUAAACCAAAGGCUGCCAUCCCUGAAGAAGUGAGGGUCCAGCUCAAGGGUAAGAAGCAUAUCAAGCCAUCACCCAGGGCGCCUUCACCGCGCCAUAUCCCGAAGCUAGUCAAGAUAGACAUACACCACAUGAUGAAGGAGAUCAUUGCCAGCAAAUAUCAUCUUUUGAGUGGGAUCAUGGCCAUAUAGUCCAUUGCUGGAGAGGUGCUGGAGAUAAUCAAGUCAAAGAAGGGAGUCCAUCCAUGGAGGUUGCGUGCAAGCAACCCAAUUGGAUGCAAAGUGAUCUUAAAGAACGACAAGAUGUAUUAAUUCCUUGACAGGCUGAUUGAAGUGGUCCUCCCUCGAAUGAAAGAGUGGCCAGGCUUGCCAGAGUCUGCCGGUAAUGCCACAGGCAAUGUUGGGAUGGGACUUCCAUCUUCCGCCUUGUCGUUGUUCCCCGCGAUUGAGUACAACUUUGACGUAUAUCUAAGGAUGGCUGGAUUCGAUGUCGCGUUUGUAACGACGGUAAAAACCAACCUGGGGGCACAGUUGUUGUUAAACGGUUUCAAUACGCCCUUU